GUUUCCUGCAUCUGCGCUCUAAGCACCGAUGCACUGACUACAUUCCCAGCCCCGCUCACUUCCUCGGCUUGAAACCAGGCGAAGCCGUGGUUAUUCGCGUCGCCGGCGGAUCCGUCCGCGAAGUCGUUCGCUCGCUCGUCAUAUGUCAACGAUUCACCGGCGCCAAGGAGAUCGCGCUCUUCCGUCAUACCAACUGCGGCGGCCUGACCUUUACCGCGGAAAGCCUUCGCGAGCUGAUCCUUUCGGCACACCCGGGCGACAAGGAGGUCGCCGAGGCGGUCGAGAAGGUGGAUUUGUCAGGGGUCACCGAUGUCGAGGACGCGCUGAAUGCCGACCUCAAGUUUUUGCACGAGCACCCGCUGGUGCUCAAGGACACGCUCAUUACAGGGUGGAUCUUUGACGUUGAGACUGGCAAGGUUCGCCGAUCGUUGUGACGGAGCUCUGCUCGAUCUCAGAGGAGGCUGGCACCACAAGAGACUGGUCUAUGUCACACACGCUAUGGAAGUUGAACGUUAAACCACAAUAUCAUCUCUUCGAGACGGAUGCGCCGGCAUGUGCAUAUUGUGCUCAUGAUUAUAGAGGAGACAAUACAUGUGGCAGAAACAAACAACCUCGGUUAUGGAGGGAGAA